AUAAAAAGGCGGGGCCUAAUUAUGAGGUUUUCUGCAGUACACGCCACGCAGUUUUAUUAUUUCGAGUGUAGUCUCUUAUAAAAAUUCAGAAAUUUUGAAUUUCGACUGCUCAUUUCGAAAUAUUUCAUAUUAAAACCAAAAAAUGUCAACGAAUGAAUUUGAAAGAAUAGAUAGUCUAGCGAAGAUAUGUGAUGAUCAUGAGAAAAAUCUACGUCGAUCACUGGAAAAUGUUUCUCAGCGGAAUACGGAAGUGAGUGAACUCAUGAGUCUCCGUCUUCAUCAAAUCACUCAAAAAAUGGGAAAUCUGAGAUCAAAAUUUGAUUCAGUUCAUACUCACAAUCAAAAGUUACUCGAAAAAAUCAAGGAGAAGCUCGACGAAAUCGAUGCUCAAGAGAUGGAAGCAAAUCGAGAAUAUGAUGAUUUUCGACGGAAUGUGACGUUUGCAAAACGGCAACAUAAAAAGAAUGGGAUUAUUCGAGCUUUGGGACACAAAAUCUACAAUUAUGGAAUUACGAUUUUGAUUUUUAUUGGAUGGUAUAAGCCACCAAAGAAACCAGCGAAAUCUGUCAAAAAAUGUAGUAUUGAAUUACCACGCAUUUCUCCAUCUCAACACACCAUAACUGGGAUUUUACCUGAAAAAUCGAAAUCGAUAACAGCGACGGCCCCGAAAAUUAGUCCGACAAAGAAAAAACUUUCGUGAAAUUAAUUUUAUUUGCUUCAAUAAAAUAAUUUCUUAUCA